AUGGACUCCGACUCCUACACCUCUCCGUUCGCCCCGGAGGACUUCUCCCCCGCCUCCCGGCGGCACCGGACCGUGGAAGACUUCAAUAAGUUCUGCACCUUCGUCCUGGCCUACGCCGGCUACAUCCCCUACCCGCAGGAGGAAACGCCGCUGAGGAACAGCCCUAGCCCUCCUAACAGCACCGGAGGCACGAUUGACAGCGAUAGCUGGGAUCCCCGGUUCAAUGACAUCCCCUCUUCCGUUUCCCUGCCCGCCAAGAACAGAAAGAACUUUAGUCAGCUUAAGCGAGCGAAACCAUAUGGUUCCCUUUUCCAGCGGGCAAAACCUGGCAACUUCCUGCCAGAGCGAAAGCAAAUUGAUAAGAUCAGGAAGAAGAAAAAGCUGAAGAGGAGGGAAACAGAGGUGUCUGCAGAGGAAGACUACGAGGAGAAGCUGCUGGAGCUGGAGGCGGAGGACCCUUACGUAGAGACGCCGAUGAGUCCCUCAUCUGAGGGCGACCCUCAGUCUGCAACUGAGCACUGCUCGGUGUGGGACUCUGACACACCUUCCAGUGUCUCCUACCCUGCCGGGACAGCCGAGCAGACAGUGGAGAUCCAGAGCGUGGGCAAGCGCACGGUCAUUCGGCAGGGCAAGCAGGUUGUCUUUCGGGAUGAGGAUGGCACCGGCGACGACGAGGACAUCAUGGUGGAUUCAGAUGAUGACUCGUGGGACCUAGUCACUUGCUUCUGCAUGAAGCCUUUUGCCGGGCGGCCAAUGAUCGAGUGUAAUGAGUGCCACACCUGGAUCCACCUCUCCUGCGCCAAAAUCCGCAAGUCGAACGUCCCAGAGGUCUACAUAUGCCAGAAGUGCCGGGACUCCAAGUUUGACAUUCGCCGUUCGAACCGCUCCCGGACGGGCUCGCGCAGGCGCUUUCUGGACUAA